AUGGAGGGGAUUCCGCUUGAUGACUUUCUUGGCCAUUACAAGGAAUCGCCAGAAAUUGUAGAGCAAAUAAAAAGACACGUCGAAGAGAGCUCUUCUCUCCUUUUGUCAAGUGGAGGGUCAACAUCUGGGGCAAGCGGUUCGCCUCCGUCAAGUGAGUCUAUUCAUGUGCCCUCAAUGCAAAGUAUUAAUUCCAGUAGUGGUCUGCAACAUUCACUUUCUGCAUCUUCUUUACCGCCUAAUGUAUUGCCACCAUCUAUUCCUUCAGUCUCCGCAUUAUUACCGCAGUUUCAAAUGGCACCCAUGAUGCCUCAAAUGGCUCAUCCGAUGUUUGGACACAUUCCCCAUAACAUUUUUGCUUCACCUCAACAGCAUGGGGGUAUAUUUAUGCCACCCCCUCAACCUCCAUUUUACAUGAACAAUUUGGCUCAAGGAAACGCCCACCCGAUCCCACAGAUUCCCUCUUUAUUUCCAUCGCUACCCUUACCGCCACCUCCUCCUCCGCCUCCAAUUCAAGGUUCUUUUUCGGUUCCACCUCCACAAACUCCACAACUUUCAAUCCCACCAUUACAUUCUUCUGCGAUGGGGAUUCCUCCGGGAAAGCAUCCUUCUGUCGGCACGCCUUUGCCUCAAAUCCGGCCUGUAAUUUCUCCUCUUAUGAAUGCUGUUGGAUUAGAGAUCUCUACCGAUUCAAGUGUCAUUGCUUGCGCUAUUCCUGAAAAAGGUAUCUCUAUCGACACUAAUAGCUCAUCUAACGCUCUUCACUUGACGAAGCAGCCCACUGUCCCUACAAAGCCAUCAUUCAUUCUUUAUGAUCCAGUGACAAUUGAGAGCGUAGAGGAGCGAAGGGCCAAACUCCAAAAGUACAAAGCCCGCUCGUAA